AUGGCCGAACAAGCUGCAGGAGCUGGAGCGUUGAAAACGAUACGCGAAGGCAGUGCUGAAAUAUUGGUUGCAGAACACGUGUUCUACAACCCGGUGCAGGAGUUCAACCGCGAUUUGAGCAUUUGUGUUCUAACCACUUUCUCCAGGAUAUUCCAACGUGAAAAGGAUGAAGAACGGCAAAGAAAAAAUUCCGCAGACACGCCCGCCAAUGGUGUGCAAACGUUGAAGGCCGGAAUAAAACACGAGAACGGGAUGCGUAUUUUGGAAGCACUUUCUGCAACGGGACUACGAAGCAUACGCUAUGCGAAGGAGAUUCCUGGCGUUCAGGAAAUUAUAGCCAAUGACUUAUCAAAGUCCGCGGUGGAAUCGAUCAAGCAGAAUAUAAAACACAAUCAAAUAGAGCAUCUUAUCACGCCUAGCUUCAACGAUGCGAUGACCCUUAUGUAUAUGUCGACGAAACCGGACCAGCGUUUCACUGCGAUCGAUCUCGAUCCGUAUGGCCAUCCAACGCGUUUCCUGGACGGAGCGGUCCAAAGUAUCGAGGAUGGUGGACUGUUGCUCAUCACAGCCACCGAUAUGGCUGUGCUGGCUGGCAACUCACCGGAAGCUUGCUACGUAAAGUAUGGAUCUGUUCCACUGAAAACGAAAGCCUGUCACGAGAUGGCGUUGCGGAUUCUAUUGCGCUGCAUCGAGACAACGGCCACCCGAUAUGGCCGGUACAUGAAACCACUGCUCAGCAUUUCCGCCGACUUCUACAUCAGGGUAUUUGUCCGCAUUUAUACCGGUCAGUAUGCGUGUAAGAAAAGCAGCAGCAAACAGUCGAUGGUGUUCCAGUGCACCGGGUGUGAAGCGUUCACUCUGCAGCCACUGGGGGUGUUGAAGCCUAACCCCACCGAUUCGAACCCGCAACAGAUAAAAUUCGGAACUCCAACGGGACCAUUCGUUGGCAGACGCUGUGAACAUUGCUAUCAUCAGCACCACAUGGGCGGGCCAAUAUGGUCCGCCCCGCUUCAUGACGUGGAGUUCCUGAACGAGUUGCUGCAGACAAUUGAGCUAGAGGACUCCAAACGAUUGACGACCAUAAGGCGUAUUUAUGGUACGCUGGCAGUGAUUCGAGAGGAACUGCACGAUAUUCCACUGUACUACACGCUGGAUCGAAUGUGUGGCAUCCUUAAGCUGGAAUCGAUCGGAAUGUUGAAACUGCGUUCGGCUUUGCUGCAUGCCGGCUAUCGGGUAUCUUAUUCACACGCCAGUCGCACCUCCAUCAAAACGGAUGCCCCAGUUGGAGUGUUGUGGGAUAUCCUUCGCUGCUGGAACCGUGUUCAUCCAGUAAAGGCGGACCGGUACCUCCAGGGUGUACCGCUAACGGCCAUUCUCGGAAAGGCACCUGUAAAAGAUUACAACAUCGAAGAUAUCCACCCAGAAGCAAAUCCGCCUAGCCGGAAGGAAUCGUUGACUCGUUUUCCAGAAAAUCCUGCCGCUCACUGGGGCCCUGGGACGAGGGCUACCCAGAUGGUAAGCGACAACAAAAUGUUGAAAAGCACUCAAAAUCAAAACAAACGGAAGCAAAAGCGAGCACAGAAAGAUAAGGAUGAUGAGGAAGGAAAGCGAGAUAUCCCGACUGCCGACAGCGAAUCGCCCGAGCGGAAAUUUCCCAAAACUAUUACGACAGACUGUUAACGGAAGGGGUGUGUUACCAUGGAAAUGUCGCUCGACCGGAAGUUGCAUGCGUCGGUAUGGAAAUACGCUCACGCACCACU